AAUAAAUUUUGAGAUGUUCCUAAUAUUUAUUUAGACCAAAGUUGUGAUAAAAUUUAAUUGGAUAGUUUAAGGUUGCAACCUUAUAUAUUGCCUCUGUUUUUAACUUCCAUGGCCAUAUGCAACUAGGGCAUAGAAAUGAGAGACUGAGAGAGAGGAUUUAGCAGUGAGGGCUCAACCUUCGGGCAAAAUUGAAGAAUACAGAGUUUUGCUCAGAGGCCAUCGUUUGGAAUUUACGGUAAAAUUAAAAGAGUGGAGAGUGGGUUCUUGUUCACUGAGGGAGUUACUAGAGAUCAUGGCUGAGAACUAGGGCAGAAUUCAAGACGGUGGUGACAGGAGACUGGUUCACUGGUUCAGAGAGUAGCAAUCAUGGCGGGAAUUGGAAAAACGAAGCUUGAUUCAGGGUGGUUGGCUGCUCGAUCCACUGAGGUCGACAGAUCAGGGGUUCAGCUCACCACCACUUAUCCACCCACUGGUGCUUCAUCACCAUGGAUGGAGGCCACGGUUCCUGGAACAGUUCUAGGAACUCUCUUAAAGAACAAGCUGGUGCCUGAUCCUUUCUAUGGAUUGGAGAAUGAGGCGAUCAUAGAUAUAGCUGAUUCCGGGAGGGAGUACUACACAUUUUGGUUUUUUACAACAUUUAAAUGUUCUUUGUCAGCAAAUCAACAUGUUGAUUUGAACUUCCGAGCAAUCAAUUACUCUGCAGAGGUAUAUCUGAAUGGGCAUAAGAAGGUUUUGUCAAAGGGAAUGUUUCGAAGGCAUGUCCUAGAUAUUACUGACAUACUACAUCCUGAUGGCCAAAACUACCUUGCUGUUCUCGUUCACCCUCCUGAUAAUCCUGGCCGCAUUCCUCCUCAAGGUGGCCAAGGUGGUGAUCAUGGGAUUGGACAGGAUGUGGCUGCUCAAUAUGUUGAGGGUUGGGAUUGGAUGGCUCCUAUACGGGAUAGAAACGCAGGCAUCUGGGAUGAGGUUUCCAUCACUGUCACUGGGCCGGUGAAGAUAUCUGACCCCCACUUGGUUUCAUCUUUCUUUGAUAAUCUAAAGAGGGUAUAUUUGCACACUACUACAGAAUUAGAAAAUAAAAGUUCCUGGGUUGCAGAGUGUUCUUUGAAGGUCCAAGUGACCACAGAGCUCGAGGGGGGCAUUUGUCUAGUUGAGCAUCUUGACACCCGGGAAUUGACAAUUCCUCCUGGCAAACGAGUUCAAUAUACAUUUCCCCCGCUUUUUUUCUACAAGCCCAACUUGUGGUGGCCAAAUGGCAUGGGUAAACAAUCCCUAUACAAAGUUGAAAUUACUGCUGAUGUCAAGGGAUAUGGAGAGUCAGAUUUAUGGACUCAUCAAUUUGGAUUCCGCAAGAUUGAGAGCAUUAUAGAUGAUAAGACUGGUGGAAGAUUGUUCACGGUAAAUGGACAACGUGUGUUCAUCCGUGGUGGAAAUUGGAUAUUAUCUGAUGGAUUGCUCCGAUUAUCGCGGAAAAGGUACCAAACCGACAUAAAAUUUCAUGCAGAUAUGAACUUUAACAUGAUUCGCUGUUGGGGUGGAGGACUAGCUGAGAGACCUGAAUUCUAUCAUUAUUGUGAUGUUUAUGGCUUGAUGGUGUGGCAAGAGUUCUGGAUAACUGGAGAUUGUGAUGGACGAGGUGAUCCCGUUUCCAAUCCAAAGGGACCAUUAGACCAUGACCUAUUCCUGACUUGCGCAAGAGACACAAUCAAACUACUAAGAAACCAUGCUAGUCUGGCUCUCUGGGUUGGAGGAAAUGAACAAAUACCCCAAGAUAUUAACAGUGCUCUGAAGAAUGACCUCAAGCUUCACCCACUUUUCCCAUCAAGUGGAGGAAAAAAUAACUCAAUAGAAUAUUUAGAAAGUUCAGCAGAGGAUCCCAGUCAAUAUCUUGAUGGUACACGAGUGUAUAUAGAAGGAUCCCUGUGGGAAGGCUUCGGAGAUGGACAAGGUGGUUGGACUGAUGGUCCUUAUGAAAUCCAAUACCCUGAAAAUUUCUUCAAGGAUGACUUUUAUAGCUAUGGAUUUAACCCAGAGGUUGGCUCUGUGGGAAUCCCUGUUGCAGCAACUAUUAGGGCAACAAUGCCUCCUGAAGGGUGGCAGAUCCCAUUGUUCAAAAAGCUGCCCGAUGGUUACAUAGAAGAAAUACCAAACCCAAUUUGGGAUUACCACAAGUAUAUUCCUUACUCGAAACCCGGAAAGGUACACGACCAGAUCGAGCUCUAUGGAACCCCAACUGACCUGGAUGAUUUUUGUGAGAAGGCGCAGCUUGUGAAUUAUAAUCAGUAUAGGGCUCUACUUGAAGGGUGGACCUCAAGAAUGUGGACCAAAUAUACUGGAGUUCUAAUAUGGAAGACUCAGAAUCCAUGGACCGGUCUUAGAGGUCAGUUUUAUGAUCAUCUCCAUGACCAAACAGCGGGGUUUUAUGGCUGCCGCUGUGCUGCAGAACCUAUUCAUGUCCAACUUAAUCUGGCCACCUAUGUGAUCGAGGUCGUAAACACUACAUCAGAUUCACUAUCUGAUGUCGCAGUUGAAGCUUCAGUGUGGGAUCUCGAAGGAACAGCCCCGUACUACAAAGUGAGCGAUGCCAUCACGGUGCCGCCUAAAACGACUUUCUCACUCUUUGAAAUGAGAUACCCAAAAUCAAAAAGAGCAAAGCCGGUCUACUUCCUCAACCUUAAACUGUUCCGAAAGUCCAACACUGCUAUUCUCUCCAGAAAUUUCUACUGGUUGCAUCUUCCUGGUGGCAAUUACAAGCAACUGGAAUCCUACAAAUCCAAACAAAUCCCACUCGAAAUAACCUCUCAAGUCUUUGUCAUGGGCUCAACUUACAAAAUGCAGAUGCACGUACACAACAAGUCUGAAAAAAUAAACACGAAAUCCCUGAUAAAUUUUAUUGAUUUCAGAGCUCAGGAUAGAAUGAAGCAGGAUGAUAAUGACUUUGAUGUAAAUUCCAUAAAUUUAGAAGAGGAAGGUAGAGUAAAGAAAAGAGAUGGAAUUUUGAGGAGAAUUCGGAGUUCUUUUUCAAGGGAGGACAACAGUAUUCAUGUAACGGAAAGAAACGGGGGGGAUUCAGGGGUUGCUUUCUUUCUACAUUUUUCAGUUAAUGCAGCCAAGAAGGAAGUGAGGGAUGGAGAAGACACCCGAAUUUUACCUGUUCACUAUUCGGAUAAUUACUUCUCCCUGGCACCCGGAGAGACCAUGCCUGUGGAGAUUAGAUUCGAGGCCCCACCUGGGGUCUCUCCUCGUGUUACUUUGCAUGGAUGGAAUUACCAUCACAAAUCCAUUUCUAUAGCAGCAGAGAGAUUGAACUGAGAUUUAUUUGACAGC